UGAAUCGCGAGUGUUAUAUUUAGACGUCUGACAAAGAUAGCAAUUGAAGGUGACACAUCCACCCAAUCACACAAUGCAUCGCUGAUGGUCUUGCAACAACCUUCAACCGCCAACCCCGUCCUGUCAGCAUCAAUUCAAGCCGCCAUUGUCACCAAAAAUAAGCACGAUAUCCCAAAAUGGCGCCAAUAAACCAAGUGUUCACUGCGCAUUUCGCUCCCUCGAAACGCCAGAGGCUGAGCGCAAUGUCCUGCAUGAAGGACAUGGACCUGGACCGACAGGGCUGAUGACGCCCAUGUCCAAUAACACGAGUUCUCCAUCCCUCCGCGCUGGCCCAGCUGUGUCGAUAGCCAUCUAGCAAGCACCUCUCCUCUCAUCAUGUCCGAGAUAACCACCAUGCCCAUCCGGCGCGAGCUGUUCGCCCGCGGCAUCAGCGACAGCACAUUUGGCAAACUCAAGACGUCACUCGAGAUGGUCAAACGUGAGCGCACGUGGAAGUCAAAGUACCGCCACAAGAGCAAGUUCGCCCACAAGGGAAGCAUCGCCCACUGGCCCAUCUGGGCCAAGGUUCUGAUCGCGCUGGCCAUUGUCCUCGUCGUUCUCUUCAUUGGAGGAUUGGUCUUUUACGGCAAAAAGGAAUACGACCGCUCCAGGCAGACAGGUCGCUCCAUCCGAUGGGGGAAGAUCUUUCUAGGCGCCACCAAGAUUGCCCUGUUCCUCUGGAUCCCCAUCGUGGCGUACCGCUUCAUCCAGGCGCGCCGCAACAAGGGCAAAUAUGCUGAUAUCACAAAGGAAUCGCAGCAGCUCCCCAACAACGGGGGCACCACCAAGCCGUGGUCCAUGGCACAGGCGCCCGGCGAUGUGGACAGCAAGUACGAGCCCAUGGGAUACAAAACGACCAUAUGUGACCCCUACUCUGCGUACGCUGGCGUGGAGCAGCCGAUGACGGGCAGGGUGGCUGUGACGGGGCCUUUGAGUCGGGCGACCAGUCCUGCUGUGCCGGCGCUUGGUAUUCACCAGCCGCCACCCGUGCACGAGUCGGGCGAUCUGGGGACGAGGACGCCUUCGCCCAACCGAGGGUCGUUUCCUCCAUCCCCUCAGCCUCCUCAGUAUGGCUAGGGGUGUCGAGCGGUCGUACGGAGAGCUGAGAUAGAUGGUCGAUUUCAGUAUAAGGCGUCGGUCUUGGUUGGGUUUCAAGGUUCGGUCCCAGGGGUGGAGGAAAUAUAUAAUUAUAUAUUUAUGA